GAGAGAGAGAGAGUGUGUGUGUGCGAGUAAAGCUUAUGUUUCCUGGGAAAGGCAUUUGAUGUUUAUUGGUCAUCACACAUCCCUUGAUCUUCUGCUAUUCUGGUGCGUGGGUUAGCAUACUUGAGAGAGAGAGAUCAACGUGGGUUAACUUUUAAGGGUGGAGUCUAGGUCCUACUUUGCUGUUGUUGCUCAGUUACAAGUUAUGGUUCUUAAGCUUCAUCCUUAGCAUGCUGAGCAUCCUGAGCAACACCCACUUCAGUUGGAAGGGGUUGGCUGGGCUUGGUGUGGAGUGUGCUUUGACUAAGCUUUUGAGAGGUUUCUUUUCUGUUAAUCUUUUUUUUUCCAUCUUUUUCUCAUAUUUCUAUUAAUAUCUAUCUCUGUGAAGGAAUCCGUGUGCAUGUUGAGGUGGGAGGAGCCGGAUGUAGAAACACCUUGGCUGUGUGGUAUGGUAGCAACAUUCUGUUCUUCCUCGGUCCAGUUCCUUCGUUGCCUUGCAGGUGGUGGUGUCUGUUCUGGUUUCUACGGCUGUUGGGGCGGAAUAUUAACCUUUUUGUAUCACUCAAGGGGGUUAUAUAUUACAUCAUGUAGACUUGUGCGGUAAACUUUUGAUGAGUUUUGUGUAGGUUUUGUGUAGGUUUUGUGUAGGUUUGUGCAGUUUGUGGCAUGUGAUGAGACGUACGGAAAAGAAUUUCCUUCUUGCCACAUUUUGGGGGGGCUCACGAACCAUUUGGUAGAGACCUGGUUAUUGGGGCCACCAUAGCCGCGCCCCCUGUCUGAGCUCUGCAAUCCGGGGAAAAUCAAUGUCAACUCCCUGCUUGGCAUCCGCUUCCAUGUGUAAACCUUAAACCCAUCUCGUCCCUCGCGGUACAACUUGUCGUUUCCCAUCUUCUGGUGGUGUCUCCCGCUCUCUCUCUUCUGGGAAAUUUCCGGCAUCGUUUGUACAUGGUUUUCGCUAUUCGCACUGCGUGUUCUCUGGCACGACGUUAGCGAAGCCCUGCCCACGCAGGGGCUGGGCGUGGGCGGGGGGUGGGCGAGAGGGGGUGCACAAGUAUCCCCUUAAAAUGAUCGUGGAAAAGCCCACGUGGUUGCGCCAUGCCGGACUCCAGAUUUUCUCCGUGGACACACAGCCCAAUGGCCUCCGUUUUGCCACAGCCGGAGGGGAUCACAAGGUGCGAAUUUGGAACAUGAGGCCAUUGGCUGAGAAAGAAACAGAUUCAGACACGAAGUUGCUUGCAACAUUGAGAGACCAUUUUGGUUCUGUCAAUUGCGUUCGAUGGGCGAAGUGUGGUCAGAAAAUAGCUUCUGGAUCUGAUGAUCAAGUUGUUUUGAUUCAUGAAAAGAGGCCCGGCUCCGGUACUACUGAAUUCGGAAGCGGGGAACCCCCGGAUGUUGAAAACUGGAAGGUGCUCUUGACUCUACGGGGUCAUUCUGCUGACGUGGUGGAUCUUGGGUGGUCACCGGAUGAUACACAGCUUGCUAGCUGUAGUUUGGACAACACUAUUCGUGUGUGGCAGGCCUCUACUGGUGCUGUUCUUGCAGUUCUCACUGGCCAUCAGAGCCUUGUGAAAGGGUUAACCUGGGAUCCCAUUGGUUCAUUUUUAGCAACCCAAUCUGAUGACAAGUCUGUAAUAAUUUGGCGAACUAGCAACUGGAGCAUGGUAAAAAAAGUUGAAGGGCCAUGGGAAAAAACUGUUGGGUCUACGUUCUUCAGACGAUUGGGAUGGUCACCGUGUGGCCAUUUCAUUGCCACAACUCACGGAUUCCAAAAUCCUAGUCAUACUGCUCCAGUUUUAGAGAGGGGAGAGUGGAUGGCUUCUUUUGAUUUCGUUGGCCACAAUGCGCCAGUUGUGGCUGUCCGAUUCAACCAUUCAAUGUUUAGAAAGGUGAAAAAGACCUCUGUGGAUGGAACGGUAGAUGGGGUUGGAAAUGGAGCUGCAUCUUGGGGAGGGGCCAACGGAACUUCUUCAAAAACUAAAGAAUUAGCGCCUUAUAAUGUUAUAGCCAUCGGGAGCCAAGACUGCUGUAUUUCCGUGUGGACCACUGGGAGCCCCCGUCCGGUAUUUAUUGGAAAGCAUUUUUUCCAACAAAGUGUUGUUGAUCUUUCCUGGAGUCCAGAUGGUUACACAUUGUUCUGCUGCUCUCUCGAUGGAUCUGUCGCGUCUUUUCAAUUUGAACGCAAAGAACUGGGUGAAAAAAUCUCAGAUGCAGAAAUGGAAGAGUUUAAGAAGAGCCGCUAUGGUGACCUCCGCGUGCGGCAGGCAACAGUAGCUGAAAGUCCAGCACAAUUGAUGCUGGAGGCGGCAGCGGCAAAGCAAUGGGGAAGUGGAAAUGCCCCUAAUAGAGAUAACACUGACUCUACUAAAGCAGUGCCCAAAGUUGCUAAUGGCACAGUUGAUGCUGAGAUGCCUAAAAAGGUUCCUACAAAGCCUCCCCCAGCACCCUCUACUGAGGCACAUACAAAGGUGUUGACAAAGCCUCUCCCAGCACCUGUUCUUGGUAUUGAUGGUCGUAAUGGCAGCCUUGUCCCAUCUGUUUCUCCUCCUGUAGCUCCGAGCUCAGUCAAGCAGACAGAGUACAGGCGAGCUGAUGGACGGCGACGAAUCAUCCCAGAACCUUUGGGGCCGCCUCGAGGAGAGGACGGUUUUGGCAAUGGCGCAUUACACAGCAGUGUAAAAUAUGAUUCUUUCACAACCACGGCAGAUGUCAGAAAAGAGGAUUUGGGAGGCAUUGCAAAUAUCGCACCUGAAACUGCAUCGAAGCGGAGAUUGCCCGAAGACUACAUCAAGCCUGAUGUGCCACCUGCGAAACGAAGUAAUGGAAUCGCGCUCGAUGAGGCCUUGGCGCCUGCAGCUCGCUCCUCCUCAGCUGCUGUUGUUGCGAUUGGCCUGGGCAGUGAAAGGCCAUCAAAUAUCGCAGGUGGUUCACAGCUGGAUAUGGUUGUACCAGUUGAAAGGAUGACUACUCCUGAGGGAGUGCUAUCGAUAAGGAUUCGAAUGCCUGAAGGUGUUAGUGGCGAGGAUUCUAAAGUGCAAGCUCCUAUCUGCUUAGAAGCCAGACCCGCAGAGUGUACAAAUAACUUAGGAUCAGCUUUAGGCUCCGCAGCUCCCACUUCAAUUCGUGAAAGCUCUGCCAAGGCGAAGAUAAUUUGCUCUCAAGAUGGCGAGGUUCGUUGGUGCGAUUACUUGGUCUCCAUGCCCACUGCCCUGUCCGGAAAUUCCAAUUUUUGGGCUGUAGCCUGCGGAGAUGGAAGCCUACAGAUUUAUACAAUGGCUGGACGGAGGGCACAGCCGAGUAUAAUGUUGGGAUCGGCAGCAGCGUUCAUGGACUGUGACGAGAACUGGAAAUUAAUGGUUGUUACACGGAAUGGAUUACUUCAUCUAUGGGACUUGCAAGAGUCCAAGCGUCUACUUCAUGAAUCACUUGGCCCUCUUCUGAACUCUACGUCAGCCAAUUCAACGCUGGCUAGUAAUGGAACAAUGAAAUUGGUUUCAGCCAGACUUUCAAAGGCAGGGGCUCCGCUUAUUGUGCUGGUUAAUCGACAUGCUUUUAUUUUCAACAUCGGCAUGUGCUGCUGGUUAAGGGUUGCGGAUGACUCUUUUCCAGCAUCUAAUUUUGUCUCCACAUGGCCGGAUGCUGAUAAUGGGGAACUAGCUAACCUUCAGGCAGGUGUUGCUAGAGCGGCUGGUCCAUCGUUCCUUUGGAACAGAAUGUCUCUUUCCGAGGAGAAAUGGCAGACGAGAGUUCACCUGGAAGUUCAAAUGAGUUCUGCUCUUGCACUCAAGUCCGCCAGUGAGUAUAGCCGGUGUCUCGUUGCAUAUGUAAGGUGCCUAACUAAGGAAAGUGACGAAGCACGACUAAGAGAACUUUGUGAAGAGUUGUUGGGACCUGUCGGUCCUGUAGGAAAGCUGCAGUCGUGGAAACCUGAUAUUCUUGGCUUGAGCAAGCGAGAGUUGCUCAAGGAGUUUGUGUUACCUGCAAUGGCAGCAAACAGAGCUAUCCAGCGUCUGCUGAAUGAAUUUAUUGAUCUUGUCACCGAGUGUGAAGCUGCUGAGAAGGCCUCGCAAUCAGGAGGCUCAAUUUUGUGAUUUUUAGACUGGAUUAUAUUCACCCUUGGUGACCACGUCACGUUUUUGUCGCUUAGCAUUGGAAAUUUUGGAAACUUCUGUAUAAAAGCAUGAUGUAACAUGUCAGGUGAUGAAACUAGAAGACCCUGUAGGAUUACAUGAGCUAUUUAAGAGCUAUCUGUCCGUUGACUUGCUCAGGUGUUUUGACUUUGUUGUGAAGGUCAUUAGAAGGAAGAGUAACUCUUUUGACUUGCUUUCUUUCAACUUUCAAUUGCGUGUAUGAUACACUUCUGUUUUA